UGCUGUGCUCUUCCAGCACCACUAAUCCAGAAUCUGGUUUCCAGCUUCUGCAGUCAUUGUUUCUACCCUGGAGCUUCAACCAAUCGGUCACGAGCCAAGUGUGCGCGCACAUCUAACCUGGGCGGCAUCCCAGUCCGUUCGCCAGGUUUCGAGACGGCGAGGGUUCCGGGUACAAUCCCAGAACUACAUAUUUAUCAGACAAUAAUGGACUCUGAAGAUAUUCCAGAGCCACGUUUUAAAUCGUACCAAACAAAGCCAAUGCUUUAUCGUGAUCACAAUUUGCAGACUUUACCACUUAAUUACUCUGGGAAUCAGCUUGAACUUGAAGAAUGUAAGAUUCGAGUAGUUCAAAGUACUCAAAUGCAAAAUAAGCCAGUAUCCUUAUGGACAAAGGAUGAAGUGUGUGAGUGGCUAAGAAGCCAAUAUCCACGACAAAGCUCUAUUUUUAUAGAAGCAAUAUCUGAGCAUGCAGUCUCAGGACGUGCUUUGUUGAGACUCACUGCUGCAAAGUUGAAACAAAUGGGCAUUGCUCAGGAGAGCCAUCGUCAAUCCUUGCUGAAGGAAAUACUGCAACUGCAUAUACAAGAUGAUGUGGAAAGUCUUAUUUCUGCCUUUGCAGAAUGUCAGUGAAAUGAUGUCACCUGCCCAGACAGCUGACGCAGAUGUCUAAUCAGCAUUUUUGAGAGUGAAGCCCACGGAAAAUGACUGGCCCAAAUGGAGUCCCUAGCUGUGCACUCAGAUCCUACGCAUACCAGCUAGUGGGAGUAUUCACUGACAUAUUUAAUCUUUCCUUACUAUGAUCCGAUGUCCCCACCUGCUUCAAGAAGACCACCAUCAUCCUGGUGCCAAAGAAAACUUAGAGUGUGUUUCAGUGACUACUGUCCAAUGGUUCUGAUCUCAAUUAUGAAGUGCUUCAAGAGGUUAGUCAUGUUUCACAUCAAUUCUAGCCUCCCAGCCUGCCUUGAUCCCUUGCAACUCACCUCCUGUCACAACAGGUCCAUGGCAGAUUCCAUCACCUUGGAACAUCCCAUAACAAGGAUACCUACAUUAGGCUCCUAUUCACUGACUACAGUUUCACCUUCAACACCAUAAUUCCAACCAAACUAAUCUCCAAACUCCAAGACCGAGGUUUCUGCUCUGCCCUCUGCAUCUGGAUCCUCAAUUUCUUGACCCACAGACUGCAAUCAGUAAGAAUAGGCACCACUUCUUCCACAAUAUUCCUCAAUACUGGCGCCCUGCAAAGCUGCUUACUCGGCCCCUUACUAUACUCCCUAUACACUCCUGACUGUAUAGCCAAGUUUCAUCCUAACUAUCUAGAAGUUCGCUGACGACACCACUGUCGUAGACUGGAUCUCAAACAAAAACAAGACAGAAUACAGGAAAAGGUAGAGUACUUAGUGUCAUGGUGGAAAGAUAAUGAGCUGUCCCUCAACAUCAGCAAAAUGAAAGUGCUGGUCAUUGACUUCAGAAAGCAAGGUGGAGGGAACACUC